AUGGCGGCGCGCAACCGCCGCCGCCAUUGCCGGCGCUGCCUGAGGAGCCACUUCCGCCCGCCCUCACCCAAGCGCCUGGCCGGCGGCUACGAGCGCUUCCUGCAGCGCCGCUGGCCCCGCUUCUACGUGCUGCACGCCGCCUUCACCAGAGGAGUCCAAGCGCUGUUCUGGGAAGUGAGGGAAAUACAGAAGAUCAAGGCAAAGAUGUCCCGCCAGCGGCUGAGUUUUCACCAGCUCCCCUACAGGGAGAUGGAGAGRCUGCGACAGUUUCGCCGGGACUUGAUCAAGGCCAUUCCCAUUGGGAUUAUCGCCAUUCCGCCUUUUGCCAACUUCUUGGUCAUCAUCCUCAUGUAUUUCUUCCCAAGACAACUCCUGAUCCGCCACUUCUGGACCCCGCAGCAGCGGAUCGAGUUCCUGGACACGUACCACGCUCUGCGGAGCGAGGCGUACRCCGAGGUGCUGCGGAGCCUGGCGCUGGCGGCGCGCUCGCUGCCCGAGCCGCAGCUGCAGGAGCUCUGCACCAAGGUGCAGCGGGGGUCCCAGGCGCGCGUGGCCGAGCUCUGCGCCCUCAGGGGCCUCUUCUCGGCUCCGCUGGGGCUGAGCAGCCUGCGGGCGGCCCACGUGAAGGCCCUGAGCCGCGUCCUGUUCCUGACGCCUCGGCUGCCGGCGCCGCUCCUGAGGCACCGCCUGCGCAGCCACGUGCUGGAGAUCCGGCAGCUGGACCGGGCCCUGGCGCGCCUGGGGCCCGGCGAGCUCUCCGAUGAGGAGCUCAGGGCGGCUUGUUACCUGCGCGGCCUGAACUCCACUCACCUGAGUGCGGGCGAGUGCAGAGCGUGGCUGGAGCGCUGGCUGGGGCUCUCCUGCCGGCUGCAAGCGUCCGAGGUGUCUCUGCUGGCCAACAGCCUCGUCCUGCUCUCCCUCAACUGCGCCCGGGCCGGGACGUGAGCGGCGCCGCUGCCGCCGCCGCCUCCCCUCCAUCGCAGCCCCUUCUCGCACGCGGCGCUCGCCCCGUGUCCCUUCAGGGACGACCCUUUGCC